UGAUUCAACUCAUUCUUUGGUUAAUUCUCGUUCGGAAAACAACUCGUUCUAGAGUUUCUAAAUUUUUAAAAAUUUUUUUUACAUUCUUUUCAAAACAAAAAUAAGUGCAAUAUGUCGUGUAAUAGAUCAAUUGGACCCGGACCUGGAGCCUAUAAUCUGCCCAGUACCUUUGGCUACAAAAACUGCGACAAGCGAAUGCAGCGAAGUCCUCAAUUCUCCUUCGGAACUCGAUCGAGGUCCUGCAAUAAUGCAAGGAGAGUCGAAGGACCCGGACCUGCUGCCUAUAAUCUGGGCAAGGUUACGCGAUAUGGAAGGCCAUCGGUAGCGGAUUACUCUAUUUUCAGUCCCCAUAGUCGUCGUUAAUUGGUGAAUUAAGAUGUCUGAAAUAUACAAGUACUUGGCUUAAAUAUAAA